UUAGAUUUGUUUUGUGCAUUUUAACAUUUUUUUUGGUCACCCUCUCACCACACACCUGGGUUUGUUGUUGAUAGGUCAUGUUAUUGAUCUUCGAAUUGGUACUUGAUCCCCAUCUAUGGACCAACCUUUUUUAUACAUAUCUCUAAUAAUCCCAUAUUGGGUUUUUAUCAAUUCUUGUAGAAUUCAGGGUUUUAGUUUACUUCGUAAGAUCUGAAUUGUUAGAUUAACAAUUGUGAUUAAUAUUAGUAGUACCAAACAAUGUUCAUGUAAUAAUUGACCUUUGUAUGUCUGAAAAUUUCUUUUCUUGCCUUAUUAGAAAUUUUCUUAUGGUUAAAUUUGAUUAGGAAAGCAAUUGAUAUUGAGUUAUGUGUUUGAUUAUUAUUAUAUUUGGUUUUCUCCUCUGUUCUUAUUGCAGAAUUGUGUGAUUUUUAUCAAGUCCUGGGUUUAAACAAGUGAAAUUACCAAGUGGUGAUUUAUGGAAGCUGAAAUGGAUGAAUUGGUUCUUGACGUGGAUGUUGAGGAAGCAACAGAAAUGGAUGAAUUGGUGAAAUCUGAGCUGGAGGAUGAUGUAAACGCGGUGAAGCCUAGUACUGAUUCAGUUACCGGUAAUAGUGGCGAGGCCGAAGGCGAGUCAUCUCCUUCUGAGCCUAAAUGGUUACAACAAGAUGAACCUAUUGCUUUGUGGGUGAAGUGGAGAGGGAAAUGGCAGGCUGGAAUCAGAUGUGCCAAAGCNCCGACGUGGUGAAAGAAGANAUUGAGAGGGAAACCAACUCAUGGUAGAAAAAAGUAUUGUGUGAUUUUUUUCCCGCAUACGAAGAACCACUCAUGGGCUGAUAUGCAGCUUGUUCGAUCCAUCAAUGAGUUUCCUGAUCCUAUUGCUUAUAAGUCACACAAAGUUGGACUUAAGUUGGUUAAAGAUUUAACUGCUGCUCGACGCUAUAUCAUGCGCAAACUUACUGUAGGCAUGUUCAAUAUAGUUGACCAGUUCCCCUUGGAGGUUGUAGCUGAAGGAGCUAGAGAUAUAAUAAUCUGGAAAGAAUUUGCAAUGGGGGCUACUAGAAGUACAAGUUAUCAUGAUCUUGGAAUAAUGCUUGUGAAGCUUCAUAGUAUGAUUUUGCAACAAUACAUGGAUCCGGUUUGGCUUGAGAACUCAUUUCCUUUGUGGGUACAAAAAUGUAACAAUGCAGUGAAUGCUGAGAGUAUUGAAUUGCUGAAUGAGGAGUUUGAGAAUUGUAUCAAGUGGAAUGAAGUGAAAUCACUUUCUGAGACGCCAGUGCUACCAAUGGUGUUGUCAGAAUGGAAAACGUGGAAGCAUGACAUUGCGAAAUGGUUCUCAAUAUCUCGCCGUAGUGUUGGCGAGAUAGCACAGCAGAAUGGUGAAAGCGUGUUUAACUCGGAUGUCCAGGCUAGCCGUAAAAGACCAAAAAACGAACCAGUUCUGAAGAAACCAUUUGGUUCGGGAAAUAAGAGUCAGCAAUGCACAGCUUUCAUUGAAUCAAAAGGAAGGCAAUGUGUGAGGUGGGCUAAUGAAGGUGAUGUAUAUUGUUGUGUGCAUUUAGCUUCUCGUUUCACCACCAAAUCUACGAAGAACGAGGGCUCUCCUGCAGUUGAGGCACCAAUGUGCGGAGGCAUUACUGUUCUUGGUACCAAAUGCAAGCACCGAUCUCUACCCGGUUUGUUGUUCUGCAAGAAACACCGCCCUCAAACAGGGAUAGAGAAACCUGAUAAUUCUUUAUCUCUUCCGGCCAAAAGAAAGGUAGCGGAAAUCAUGUCAGACUUCGAAACGAAUCAAUGUCAAGAUUUGGUGCCCUUUGGAGAACCAGAAGGUCCAUCUUUCGAGAAACAUGAGCCCCAUGGAGCCACAAGCUUCACUGAGAUGUUUGAACAUUGUAGCCAAGAGGAUAACUUGUGUGUAGGUUCUUGCUCAGAAAACAGUUAUGUUACUUGCAGUGAGUUCUCAACGAAGCACUCAUUGUACUGUGAACAGCACCUUCCUAACUGGCUCAAGCGUGCAAGGAAUGGUAAGAGUCGAAUCAUAUCGAAGGAAGUGUUUAUAGAUCUCUUAAGGGGUUGUUUAUCGCGUGAGGAAAAAUUGGCUCUACAUCAAGCUUGUGAUAUUUUCUACAAGCUCUUCAAAAGUGUCUUAUCCUUAAGAAACUCUGUCCCAAUGGAAGUACAACUUGAUUGGGCGAAAGCAGAAGCUUCAAGAAACGCUGACGCUGGAAUUGGGGAGUUCUUGAUGAAGUUAGUAUCCUAUGAAAGGGAGAGAUUAACUAGGAUAUGGGGUUUCGGUGCUGGUGAUGAUGAAGAAGAUGCAUCAUUAUUAUAUGAUACAUAUGCCUGUGGUGAUGAUGAUAAUGGAGAAGAAUCUACUGACAAAGAUAAAUGGUCCUUUAGUGGAUUUGCUUGUGCUAUUUGCUUAGAUUCUUUUGUGAACAGAAAGCUUUUGGAAAGUCAUGUGGAGGAGAGACAUCAUGUGCAGUUUGCGGAAAAGUGUAUGCUUCUUCAGUGUAUUCCUUGUGGCAGUCAUUUUGGAGAUAAAGAUCAGUUGCUAUUACAUGUGCAAGCUGUGCAUCCUUCUGAGUGCAAAUCGCUAACCGUUGUCUCUGAGUGCAACUUGACUAAUGAUGAGUCUUCUCAGCAACCUGAAGCAGGCAGUUCACAAAUUGUGUUGAGCCAAAACAGCGAGAGUGCAAGCGGCGUACAGAAAUUUGUUUGCAAGUUCUGUGGGAUGAAAUUCAAUUUAUUACCUGACCUUGGCCGUCAUCAUCAAGCUGAACACAUGGGACCGAACCUAGUUGGCUCUCGUGGUCCAAAGAAAGGAUUAAGGUUUAAUACCUACAGGAUGAAAUCUGGUAGGCUUAGUCGUCCGAAUAAGUUCAAGAAAAGUCUUGGAGCAGUCUCAUAUAGGAUUAGAAACCGGGCUGGUGUAAAUAUGAAGAGGAGGAUACAAGGUUCGAAAUCUCUCGGCACGGAAGGAAACACUGGAGUAUCAUCGCCGCUUCCGAGCGAUAGUAGAAACGUUGAUGGCACAACAGAUGCUCAUUGCUCUGUGGUUUCGAAUAUAUUGUUGUCAAAGGUUCAGAAAGCGAAACAUCGCCCUAAUAACCUCGAUAUCUUGUCUGCUGCUCGAUCAGCUUGCUGUAGGGUGAGCCUUGAGAACUCUUUGGAGGCUAAAUUCGGGAAUUUGCCUGAGCGGAUAUAUCUCAAGGCAGCAAAACUUUGCGGUGAGCAAGGUGUACAAGUGCAAUGGCAUCAGGAAGGAUACAUAUGCUCUAACGGAUGUAAGUCUGUUAAAGACCAAAAUCUUCUACGUCCCGUGAUCCCGAGACAAGAGAAUGAUCGAUUUGGGGUAGCUAUGGAAGCUGGAGAACAUUCUAAUUCUGAGUUGGAACUGGAUGAGUGUCAUUGUAUCAUGGAGGCUCAUCAUUUUAGUAAGAGACCGUUUGGAAAUACUACCGUUUUGUGCAACGACUUAAGCUGUGGUAAGGAAGCUGUUCCAAUUUGUGUCGUCGAUGAUGGUCUUUUGAAUUCCGAAAAGCCGCAAGAGAAGCCUUGGGAAAGCUUUAUUUAUGUUACAAAAUCAAUACUUCAUCCGUCAAUGGAUCUCGUGAAGGAGAAUCUGCAGCUCAGGUGUGGAUGUCGCAGUUCAGUGUGCACGCCUGUAACUUGUGAUCACGUAUACCUUUUCAGUAACGAUUUUGAGGACGCUAGAGACAUAUAUGGAAAACCCAUGAGGUUUAGAUUCCCAUAUGAUGACAAACAACGGAUCAUUUUGGAGGAAGGUUAUCCUGUUUAUGAAUGCAAUGAGUUCUGUGGAUGCUCAAGAACAUGUCAGAAUCGGGUUUUGCAGAAUGGAGUUCACGUUAAACUAGAAGUGUUUAGAACUGAAAGCAAGGGAUGGGGAUUGAGAGCUUGUGAACAUAUACUGCGUGGCACAUUUGUUUGUGAAUACAUUGGGGAGGUUAUUGAUCAGGAAGAAGCAAACAAGAGACGAAACCAGUAUGGAAAAGAAGGUUGCAGCUACAUACAACAAAUUGAUGCUAAUAUGAACGAUAUCGGUAGAUUGAUCGAAGGAGAGUCCGAUUAUGUUAUUGAUGCUACUACCCAUGGCAACAUCGCUCGAUACAUCAAUCACAGCUGCUCGCCAAAUCUCGUUAAUCACCAAGUUAUUGUGGAUAGCAUGGAAUCCCCGCUGGCUCAUAUCGGUCUAUAUGCCAGUAUGGAUAUAGCUGCAGGAGAAGAGAUCACUCGAGACUAUGGUCGCAGACUGGUAACAUCUGGACAAGAAACUGAGCAUCCUUGUCGUUGUAAAGCAACUAACUGCAGAGGUAGUUUAUUGUGUUAGAUUUUGGUUCCUAGGAACAUUCUUUGCAGAUUUGUUUUAAUAAGUUUCCUUCAGACUUUUUUUUUGACCUUUUUUCCCAUUGAACCUGUAGACAGCUUUGGUUUAUUCAUUCUGUUUAGUUUCCUUCAA